AUGUUGUCUGAGUUGGGAAGAAGACCGAUGCUUGGGAGUAACGAGGGUUCGUUUGGUGAUGAGUUGGAGAAGGAGAUAGGGAUGUUGCUUCGUGAGCAACGCAGGCAAGAGGCUGAUGAUCGUGAGAGAGAGCUUAAUAUUUUUAGGAGUGGAUCAGCGCCUCCAACUGUGGAGGGUUCUUUAAGUGCCGUUGGAGGGUUGUUUGGUGGUGGUGGCGGCGGUGCUUCUGGUGGUGGUGAUGAUGGUGCCUUUUCGGAGUUUCGGGAGACUAAUGAUAUGAAUGGGAUUGCUUCUGAGGAAGAGCUUAGGUCUGAUCCAGCUUAUCUUUCAUACUAUUACUCCAAUGUGAAUUUGAAUCCUAGGCUGCCGCCUCCUUUGCUGUCAAAGGAGGAUUGGAGGUUUCAACAAAGACUUAAAGGUGGAGCUUCAGUUCUGGGUGGAAUUGGAGAUAGGAGGAAAGUGAACAGGACUGAAGAUAUUGGUGGUAGGUCGUUGUUUUCUACCCCACCAGGUUUUAACACGAGGAAACAAGAGAGUGAAGUGGAUAGUGAAAAAACUAGAGGUACUGCGGAGUGGGGUGGUGAUGGACUGAUUGGUUUGCCUGGACUAGGGCUGAGCAAACAGAAAAGUUUUGCAGAAAUUUUCCAGGAUGAUUUGGGACGUAAUACUACUGUCACAGGUCCUCCUUCUCGUCCAGCUAGUCGUAAUGCAUUUGAUGACAAUGAUAUCAUUAGCUCUGCUGAAGCAGAGUUGGCUCAUGUGCGCCGUGAGUCCACAACCACUGAUGCACUAAGGUCAGGAUCAAAUGUUCAAGGAUCAUCUGCAUCCCAAAAUACUGGCCUGCCAGCUUCAUAUUCUUAUGCUGCUGUAGUGGGAUCUUCCUUGUCAAGAAGCAAUACUCCUGAUCCACAGCUUGUUGCUAGGGCACCCAGUCCCUGCAUAACACCUAUUGGUGGCGGCAGAGCUAUCCCUUCUGACAAGAGAGUUAUUGCUAGUCCAGAUGGAUUUAAUAGUGUUUCAUCUGGAAUCAAUGAGUCAGCAGAUCUUGUGGCAGCAUUGUCAGUGAUGAAUUUGUCAGCAGAUGACAUGUUAGAUGGGGAAAACCGAUUGCCAUCACAGGUUGAAUCAGAUGCUGAUAAUCACCAGAGAUAUCUUUUUGGUAGGCAAGGUGGUCAAGAUCACGGGAAGCAACAUGCUUAUUUAACGAAAUCUGAAUCAGCUCACAUGCAAAAUUCAAGUAAGAGCAGGAGCGGGUCUGAUCUUAACAAUCCAUCCUUGGAUAGGCAGGUUGAUCUACAAAAGUCUAAUUUUCCUUCCAAUAACUCAUAUUUCAAAGGAUCGCCUACCUCCCAUUUUAGUAGAGGAGGUAGUUUGCCACCCCAAUACCAGCCUUUAGAUGGUUCAAAUUCAUCAUAUACUAACUAUGAUCUGAGUGCAUAUGCUGGAAAUCCAGCACUGGUAUCCAUGAUGACUAAUCAACUGGGCACUGGUAAUCUGCCACCCUUGUUUGAAAACGUUGCUGCAGCAUCUGCAAUGGCAACCCCUGGAAUGGACUCAAGAAUUCUUGGAGGUGGUUUGGCUUCUCGAGUUGCUGCUCCAUCUGAUGUGCAUAAUCUUGGUAGGAUGGGAAAUCAAAUUCCAGGCAGUACUCUUCAGGCCCCUUUUGUUGAUCCCAUGUAUCUUCAGUACAUGAGGACAUCUGAGUAUGCAGCACAAAUUGGUGCUCUUAACGACCCCUCUGUGGACAGGAACUACUUAGGUAAUUCAUACAUGAGCUUACUUGAGCUUCAGAAAGCUUAUCUUGGUUCUAUCCUCUCACCUCAGAAACCUCAAUACAAUGUACCACUGGGUGGUAAAUCAGGCAGCUCCACUCCUCAUGCUUAUUAUGGAAAUCCUGCAUAUGGUGUGGGGUUGUCUUAUCCAGGAAGUCCAAUGGCAAACUCUGUUGUAUCCACUUCUCCAGUAGGAUCUGGAAGUCCUGUUAGGCAUAAUGAACUGAAUAUGCGUUUUGCUUCUGGAAUGAGGAAUUUAGCUGGGGUAAUGGGACCUUGGCAUUUAGAUUCUGGGAACAUUGAUGAUAGUUUUGCUUCUUCCCUGUUGGAGGAGUUUAAAAGCAACAAAACAAAGUGUUUUGAGCUCUCUGAAAUUGCUGGUCAUGUUGUAGAAUUCAGUGCGGAUCAAUAUGGGAGCCGAUUUAUUCAACAAAAGCUUGAAACAGCCACUACUGAAGAAAAAAACAUGGUUUAUCAGGAAAUCAUGCCGCAUGCCCUUGCACUGAUGACUGACGUCUUUGGUAAUUAUGUGGUUCAAAAGUUUUUUGAGCAUGGACUUGCAGCCCAGAGAAGAGAAUUGGCCAACAAACUUCUUGGCCAUGUUCUGACACUUAGCCUUCAAAUGUAUGGUUGCCGGGUCAUCCAGAAGGCCAUCGAAGUUGUUGAUCUGGAUCAGAAGAUAGAGAUGGUGCAAGAGCUUGAUGGUAAUGUGAUGCGCUGUGUACGUGAUCAGAAUGGUAAUCAUGUGAUUCAGAAGUGUAUUGAAUGCGUCCCUGAAGAUGCAAUUCACUUCAUUGUCUCGAUAUUUUUUGAUCAAGUUGUCACCCUCUCAACCCAUCCAUAUGGUUGCCGGGUGAUUCAGAGAGUACUGGAGCAUUGCAAAGAUCCUACAACACAGCAGAAAGUUAUGGAUGAAAUUUUAGGAGCAGUUAGCAUGUUAGCUCAGGAUCAGUAUGGCAACUACGUUGUUCAGCAUGUUCUGGAGCAUGGGAAGCCUCACGAGCGUUCUUCUAUAAUAAAGGAAUUAGCAGGCAAGAUUGUUCAAAUGAGUCAACAGAAGUUUGCCUCCAAUGUUGUGGAGAAAUGUUUGACAUUUGGAGGUCCUUCUGAGCGCCAGUUACUAGUACAUGAGAUGCUUGGCUCCACAGAUGAAAAUGAGCCUCUUCAGGCCAUGAUGAAAGAUCAGUUUGCAAAUUACGUUGUACAAAAGGUGCUGGAAACAUGUGAUGAUCAACAACGUGAACUGAUUCUUUCACGAAUUAAGGUUCAUCUGAAUGCAUUGAAAAAGUACACCUAUGGAAAGCACAUCGUUGCACGUGUAGAGAAACUUGUUGCUGCUGGAGAAAGGAGAAUUGCUGCUCAGUCUCCUCCUCAGCCUGCUUAG